UUUCCUACUCAAGGACUUAAAAGUUAUCUGCCAGUUGUUGUCAUUGGAAAGCAGCUCUGUAAUUAACAUUUUUUAAAUUUUGCCUUGAGCUUUUUCAUGCUUUGGGGUUAUGAAGUCAGGAACAAGUCCCAGAAGUGGGAUAACUAGGACAAAGGAAAGGAACAUGUUUGUUGCUCUUGCUUCAUACUGCCAGAUUACUUUCCAGUAAGGGAUUAUGCCCAUUUACAGUGAAAACUGAUCUAAAAUUCAGCCCCAAUGAAAUGCGGAUCUUGCCUGUCUCCAGAGCUGUUUCUAAUUUCCCCAUUCUGCGGUGGCUUGUUAAUAUUAGUUCUGACCUUUGGGGCAAUGUGAACACAUGGUUGGACUGAAGAGUAAAGGCUCCGGUGGCUCAGGAACUUCUUUGGCAACUACAAGAGCUGAUAUUUCAACAGAGACUACACGCACACAUACACGCUUGACAAGGGUGCUUCCUCGGCCUUCCCAGGAACCAACACGGAACGCCUCCAGACUCCCUCUUUGAUGAAUCCCUCUGCACUGAAUCUGCUUUGGGGUCUACACAUGCGAGAUAGCCGAGUGCUGAAUGAUUAACGAUGGAACAGAAAGCCUUUCGGAGAACAGUUUAUGUAAUUUCUAUGGACCUGUCUUCAAAUUCAAUGAUUCCUCCUUGCUGUAUUGAGUCCACUGAUGAGCACAUCAAAGAUAUACUUCAGCAUCCAUACCCCAGUUUACCAAUUCUCCCACAAUGGUGAUCAUGGUGGGUUUACCAGCUCGAGGCAAGACGUACAUCUCCACAAAGCUCACACGGUAUCUCAACUGGAUAGGAACACCAACUAAAGUGUUUAAUUUAGGCCAGUAUCGCCGAGAAGCAGUGAGCUACAAGAACUAUGAAUUCUUCCUACCAGACAACAUGGAAGCCCUACUUAUCAGGAAGCAGUGUGCCCUGGCAGCCCUCAAGGAUGUCCAUAAGUAUCUCAGCCAUGAGGAAGGUCAUGUUGCGGUUUUUGAUGCCACCAACACCACCAGAGAGCGGCGGUCACUGAUUCUGCAGUUUGCUGAAGAACAUGGCUACAAGGUUUUUUUCAUUGAAUCUAUUUGUAAUGACCCUGGCAUCAUUGCAGAAAACAUCAAGCAAGUGAAACUCGGCAGUCCUGAUUACAUAGACUGUGAUCGGGAAAUGGUUCUAGAAGAUUUUCUAAAGAGAAUUGAGUGCUAUGAAGUCAACUACCAACCUUUGGAUGAGGAACUGGACAGCCACCUGUCCUACAUCAAGAUCUUUGACGUGGGCACACGCUACAUGGUGAACCGAGUGCAGGACCACAUCCAGAGUCGCACAGUCUACUACCUCAUGAACAUCCAUGUCACACCCCGCUCCAUCUACCUGUGCCGGCAUGGCGAGAGUGAGCUCAACCUCAGGGGCCGCAUCGGAGGAGACUCUGGCCUCUCAGCUCGGGGCAAGCAGUAUGCCUAUGCUUUGGCCAACUUCAUUCGGUCCCAAAGCAUCAGCUCCCUGAAGGUGUGGACGAGCCACAUGAAGAGGACGAUCCAGACAGCAGAAGCUCUCGGUGUCCCAUAUGAGCAGUGGAAGGCCUUGAAUGAAAUUGAUGCGGGCGUCUGUGAGGAGAUGACCUAUGAAGAAAUCCAGGAGCACUAUCCUGAAGAGUUUGCACUACGAGACCAGGAUAAAUACCGCUACCGUUAUCCCAAAGGAGAGUCCUAUGAGGAUCUUGUUCAGCGUCUGGAGCCAGUCAUAAUGGAGCUGGAGCGGCAGGAGAAUGUGCUGGUGAUCUGCCACCAGGCUGUCAUGCGGUGCCUCUUGGCCUACUUCCUGGAUAAAAGUUCAGAAUGUGGAUGUCACCCGGGAACCUGCGGAAGCCCUGGACACUGUCCCUGCCCACUACUAAGUCUUCCAAGAGGCCGAAAGACCCCUUGGCUCACUGUUUUCCACCUUUGGGAACUCAUGUCCUUGUUCUUCUCCACCCUGAGAAGACUGUCUUGGCCUCACUGGCAGAGCCUUACUUCCAGUGAAGAAGUCCUCGGGAGUUCCAAAAUAGUCCUGUUUCUGGCCCUGUGGAGCUAUCUGGCUCUGGAGGAAGUUCUUGCUUUUUUAAUUCCUAUUCUAUAAUCAAUAAAGACUUCUUUUUCUGCCUACAGGAAGAAAGACAGUCAUGGCUUCCUUAUUGUUUUCAAGAUCCUCAUCUUGAUCUUUACCAAGGUCUGUUACCCUGGGGUUGUGGAAUGCGAUUUUGCAGUAGCACCUGCAAAGUUGACAUCCAUGUGAGUACCUGUGGGCCUUGUUCCUUGGUGGACUGAAUGGC